UAGAUAUUUUAGCGACCGCGUAGUGAAUUGUUUCUGGGCAAUUUACAAAUCUUGCUUUAGAAGCCAACGUUUGUAAUUGAUUUUGUCGGAUAAACCCUAGGAAAGUCUUUUUUUUUUUUUCCGUCUUCUUGCGUUUAAUUCUUCAGGUGCGAUUCACGAAUCCAGAUUUGGGUUUUAUUUUUCUAUGAUCGAGAAACUUCGAGGAGACACCAAAUCCCCAGAUUUUUUGCAUCUAGUUUUCUCUGCUUCUUCUUUACAGAAAUAAAAAUCUACGGACUUUGAAGCAAAUUAUUUUAGGGUUUUUCUCCUUUAUCGAAUUUUAAAGCUGAUAUGGUUGUGAUGAAUCCCUCGUUGUGUGUUGGUACACAACCGCUUGUGUUCCUCCCUCCUCCUCGCCUGAAUCAUUUUUCCAGUAAUGGAAACUUUCAUAGGCGUUAUCCUACGACAGUUUCUAUGCAACGCCAACCGUGGAGCCAGAGAAAAUUUCCUUCUGUCCAGGCAGUUGGAACGCGUGCAGUGCAACCUGUUGUCGUCUCCAAGAAUAAAAGAUCUGUCUUUAUAUGUAACUCUGCGCUGAAUUCAAAAUGCAGUCAAGGGCAAACACAGACAGUUACACGGCAAUCACCAACGAUCACACAAGCUCCUACUCAUGGAAAAGAGAAAUCUCCAAAACUUGAUGACGGUGGAAACGGGUUCCCGCCUCGGGAUGAUGGUGGUGGUGGUGGUGGCGGAGGUGGUGGAGGGAGCUCUUCAGGUGGAUUCUUCCUUUUCGGGUUUCUUUUGUUCAUGGGAUACUUGAAAGAUUUGGAGGGCGAACAUGAAAACAACCAUUAAAGGGGCGGGAAAACAUGAAUGCAGAACAGAAAAAUCUCAAGACAAGUAUUCUCCAAGAGAAAUCGUGUAUCUGAGACGAUAGAUUCUAGUACUAGCAAUAGGCACAGAUCUUAUGUUUUCUCAGUUGUGUUAUGAAUCAGAUUCUUGCUCAUCUUACACAAAUGUUCGAACUAUGCAACCAUUAAUGACUUAAAAUUUACUCCUCUUCUUUUGUUUAAAAGUUUGCCACCAGACUAUUCUUUU